AUGGAGACAGUUGGGGCUGCUGCUUUCUUCGAUGAGGAAUGGGAAUCAUUGAGCAAACUGUUUGCUGUUGAGAAUCCUGAUUUCAUGCUUCACCUCCAAGGUGAUUACAAUGGCGGCGCUGGCUUUGAAGCCCCAUCCACAUUCUGGCAAGCUGUUGAAGCUAGCAACAAUGGCGGCGGUGGAAGUCAUGAUGACAGUUUUGCUUUUGAUCAGUCUGAUGAGUCCAUGAAGUUUUUCGUGAUAUCCCAGGAAGAGUUUGAUACUUCAGCCCCUGUUUUCGAUCCUGACGAGGUUAUCAGAGACAUCUCGGAUGAAGUUGCAGAAGAACAGACAAUCAGAAAUGGAAAUCCCAAGAAGAGAACACGAUCAGUUUCGCGGGAUGGCCAGAAGAAUAAGAGGAAUAAUGCAAACUCAAAGACAAAGAAGAAUCCUAAGAACAUGACUGAAAAUUCCAAUGGAGAAGAAGAAGAAGAAAAGUAUGACAGUAAUAAUACUAUGUCUGCAAACAAUGCAGUGCAGAGCUCAAGCUGUUGCAGCAGCGAGGAUGAUUCUACUGCAUCUCCGGAUUUGAACCAUCCUGGAUCAACCAUCACCACCACGACCACCACCAACUCGAAUGGGAAAACAAGGGCAAGCAGAGGGGCUGCAACUGAUCCCCAAAGCCUAUAUGCAAGGAGAAGAAGGGAAAAGAUAAAUGAGAGGCUGAGAAUCUUGCAGAGCCUAGUUCCCAAUGGAACAAAGGUUGACAUUAGUACUAUGCUUGAAGAGGCUGUCCACUAUGUAAAGUUCCUGCAGCUUCAAAUCAAGCUCCUAAGCUCAGAUGACCUGUGGAUGUAUGCUCCAAUUGCUUACAAUGGAAUGGACAUUGGCCUUUACCAAAAGAUGCUAUUACCAAGCUCGUGA